CAAAAUCGACUUUCUGAACUUGGUCACACUUUCUCAAAAGUACAUGUCACAUCGUAAAAAGAUGUAUAAUAAAUUUCAAUUGAAUGUAUUUCAAUACAACACAGCUCCCUAUAGGACCAUGGACCAUGUUCAACGCCUCUGCUCCUUUUUUUUUUCUCGCAAUCUCUCUCUCUCUCUCUCUAGACUAUUUUCCUUCCUAUCCUUUUCUUUACUGCCCUUCCUCCCCUGUUCCCUGCUCUGUUUGUCAUUUAGACAAACACGUUGUAACAGUCAACACACAUAGACAAAUUACACAUUAUAGAAACAACAAACAUGCGAUGCGAAAACGAAAAAGAAAAAACGAAAACGAAAAGGAAAAAGGAAAAGAGAAAAAAAAAGGGAGAGACGGUGGGAUGGAUGAAUUAGAGAAUGAGAGAGAGAGAGAUUAAUAUCUCUCAGAGGUGAAAUUCAAGAUGAGGGCGGAUAAAAAUAAACAUAAGCGUACAUGCAAUCUGUAUGCAAUAAACAUGCAACCGUCCAAAAAGCACCGUUCCUGAUUUUUUUUUUUUUUUUUUUUUUUCCUCGAAAUUAACAAGAAAGGUGUCCAAUUGGAAGAGGCAAAAGAAGAAUAAGACAAAUAAAAGUAAACUAAAGUAAAAAGUAUAAACACCGACACA